AUGAUUUUCCUUAGUAGGGGCAUUUGGGUAUCAAAAGGUGUACGUUGUUGUUCCAACCAUCUCUACAAAGAACAUCUGUCAUAUGAAGCCCGACAAUCAGUCAAACAAUCAAAAGCUGAUGAUAUUCUUCUGAAUAAACAUGAUGUAGAGAAACUGAUUGAUGAUUUUCGUUUGACUCUCAAGCAUGCUGGUUCACUUGAUUUCGAUGACCCAGGAGCUCUUGACAAUGAAACUUAUAAAACAAUUACUGGACUUGAUCGAGGGCCAUUUUUCACGGAUUCAUUAAAUAACGAUGCAGCCAUUCUGAAGCACUGUAUUCUUAACGAUGAACAACAAGUGUUGUCUUGGCUUCGCGAUAAUGAUGUACUGGUAUUAGAUCGUGGGUUUCGUGAUACUGUUAAUGCACUAAAUCGACUUGGUCUUAAAGUUGCUAUACCUGGUUUUCUACACAAUCAAAAGCAGCUCCCUGCUGAUGAAGCUAAUCGAAUCCGAUUCGUUACGAAGAACCGAUGGGUUAUUGAAAGUGGUAAGAUCUAA